AUGAAGCCAGGCUGUGCAGCAGAAUCUCCAGGGAAUGAAUGGAUUCUCCUCAGCCCUGAUGCGGGCAGCGCACGUUAUAGGAAAACAAUGUCCACCCGCGGACGGCACGGAUCUGUCAUCCUGUCAGCCUUUAUGCUCCUGAGGGCUGUUAUUGGAUUCUCUGGAGACGGAAGAGCCAUCUGGGCUAAAGAUCCUCAUCUUAGCCCAGUAAAUGAAAGUCAACUGUUUGUCUAUGACACUUUUCCUAAAAACUUUUUUUGGGGUGUGGGGACUGGAGCAUUUCAAGUGGAAGGCACCUGGACGGCAGAUGGGAAAGGACCGUCGAUAUGGGACCAUUUCAUCCAGACGCACCUGAAAGAUGUUCACAGCCAGAAUAGCUCCAGUGACAGCUACCACCUUCUGGAAAAAGAUUUGUCAGCCCUGGAUUUUAUUGGCGUUUCUUUCUAUCAGUUUUCAAUUUCCUGGCCAAGACUGUUCCCCAAUGGAAUAGCAGCCGACGCCAACGUGAAAGGUCUCCAGUAUUAUAAUUCACUUCUGGACGCUCUUGUCCUUAGACGCAUUGAACCUAUAGUGACUUUGUACCAUUGGGAUUUGCCUUUGGUGCUACAAGAAAAAUAUGGGGGGUGGAAAAAUGAAACCUUGAUUGAUAUCUUCAAUGACUAUGCCACAUACUGUUUCCAGAUGUUCGGGGACCGUGUCAAGUACUGGAUUACAAUUCACAACCCAUACCUAGUUGCCUGGCAUGGAUAUGGGACAGGGGCGCACGCCCCUGGAGAGAAGGGGAAUUUAGCAGCUGUCUACACUGUGGGACACAACUUGAUCAAGGCUCAUUCGAAAGUCUGGCAUAACUACCACAUAAAUUUCCGCCCGCAACAGAAGGGCUGGUUAUCCAUCACACUGGGCUCCCACUGGAUUGAGCCAAAUCGGUCUGAAGAUGCGAUGGACGUCCUCAAAUGCCAACAGUCCAUGGCGUCGGUGCUCGGGUGGUUCGCCAGCCCCAUCCACGGGGACGGCGACUAUCCCGAGCUCAUGAAGAAGAAGUUGCUCUCCCUUCUGCCCAACUUCUCCAACGCAGAGAAGAACGAGAUCAGGGGCACAGCUGACUUCUUUGCCUUUUCCUUUGGACCCAACAAUUUCAAACCCCAGAACACCAUGGCAAAAAUGGGGCAAGUAGUGUCCCUCAAUUUACGGGAAGUGCUGAACUGGAUCAAACUGGAAUAUGACAACCCCCGAAUCUUGAUUGCUGAGAACGGCUGGUUCACAGACAGUCAUGUGAAGACAGAAGAUACCACUGCCAUCUACAUGAUGAAGAAUUUCCUCAACCAGGUUCUUCGAGCAAUAAGAUUUGAUAAAGUACAAGUGUUUGGUUACACAGCCUGGUCUCUUCUGGAUGGCUUUGAAUGGCAGGACGCUUACACCACUCGCCGGGGAUUAUUUUACGUGGACUUCGAUAGCGAGCAGAAAGAAAGGAAGCCCAAGUCUUCGGCACAUUACUACAAACAGAUCAUACGAGAUAACGGUUUUACUUUGAAAGAGUCCACACCGGCGGUGCAAGGCCAGUUUCCCUGUGACUUCUCCUGGGGUGUCACUGAGUCUGUCCUUAAGCCGGAGUCCGCGGCUUCGUCCCCGCAGUUCAGCGACCCCCACCUGUACGUGUGGAACGUGACGGGCAACAGGCUGCUGCAGCGCGUGGACGGCGUGAGGCUGAAGACGCGGCCGGCGCAGUGCACGGACUUCGUCAGCAUCAAGCGGCAGCUGGAGAUGCUGUCCCGCCUGAAGGUCACCCACUACCGGUUCGCGCUGGACUGGCCCUCCAUCCUCCCCACGGGCGACGUGUCGAGCGCCAGCCGCGCCGCCCUGCGCUACUACCGCUGCGUGAUCAGCGAGGGCCUGAAGCUGCGCAUCGCCCCGAUGGUCACGCUCUACCACCCCACGCACGCGCGCCCGGGGCUCCCCGCGCCCUUGCAGCGCCGCGGCGGCUGGCUGAACCCCGCCACCGUGCAGGCCUUCCAGGACUACGCCGGGCUGUGCUUCCAGGAGCUGGGCGACCUGGUGCGGCUCUGGAUCACCAUCAACGAGCCCAACCGGCUGAGCGACGCGUACGGCGGCCGCGCGGGCAACGCCUCGUACCUGGCGGCGCACCACCUGCUGCUGGCGCACGCGCGCGCCUGGCGCCUGUACGACGCGCGCUUCCGCGGGGCGCAGCGCGGGGCGCUGGCGCUGGCGCUGCACGCCGACUGGGCCGAGCCCGCCGACCCGUACGCGCCGUCGCACGCGCGGGCGGCCGAGCGCUUCCUGCAGUUCGAGCUGGCCUGGUUCGCCGACCCGCUCUUCCGGGACGGCGACUACCCGCGCGCCCUGCGCGAGCACCUGGCGGCGCGGCGGCGCCAGGGGCUGUCGGGCGCGGCGCUGCCCGCCUUCAGCGACGCCGAGCGGCGGCUGGUGCGCGGCGCCGCCGACUUCUGCGCGCUCAACCACUUCACCACCCGCUUCGUGAUGCACGCGCGCCCGCGCGACGGCGGCGACCGCGACGUGCAGUUCCUGCAGGACAUCACCCGGCUCAGCUCGCCCAGCCGCCUGGCCGUGCUGCCCUGGGGCCAGCGCAAGGUGCUGCGCUGGGUCCGCGAGCGCUACGGUGACGUGGACGUGUACCUCACGGCCGGGGGCAUCGACGACCCGGCCCCGCUCGACGACCGGCUCCGGCAGCACUACGUGGAGAAAUACGUCCAGGAGGCGCUGAAAGCACACCUGAUUGAUAAUGUCAAAGUCAAAGGCUAUUAUGCAUUCAAGUUGACUGACGAAAAAUCUAAACCCAGAUUUGGGUUCUUCACAUCUGACUUCAAAGCUAAAUCCUCAGUGCAGCUUUACAACAAGCUCAUCCGUGACAAUGGCUUUCCCCCUGAGGACAGCGAGCCGCAGUGCAGAGCGAAUGCAAGAAGUUCAGAGUGUGCCGUCUGCCUAUUCCUGGUGCAGAGGAAGCCGCUGCUAUUCUUUACCUGUUGCUUCUUCUCCACUCUGGUUCUGCUUCUCUCACUUACCAUCUUUCACAAGCAAAGGAAAAGAAAAUUUUGGAAAGCAAAGAACUUGCAACACAUACCGCUGAAGAAAGGGCAGAAGAGAGUUCUUAGCUAACUUGGUCCUAUCUGUCUGCGUGAUGGAAGGUUUAAAAUUUCACUCCAGCUCCAUAUACAGAUCUCACUGGGUACAGAGCGACAGCGUGAGAAUAACACCUCAGUGUUAUUCGUGAGCAAGCUGAUCACUGUGUCUGCUUCGUGACUCUCAAAGGACUUCAUUCUAGUUGGUGAAUUCAGCUCUUCAGUGUGAAGAUAAUGCCUGUGCCUAGCUGUAAAUACGCUUGGUGACCGUCUUCCCCUGCUCCAUGUUUGAUGAGCUGUUCCCACCAUUCUCUAGAACUACCAGUAGCUAUUUUGAAAGGUACUUUACAGCAGAGAUUUAAAGCUCUUUAACAUUGGACAGUGAUGUUUCUGUCACUUCUAGCAAGGUGCUUUCCCCUGUUGAGGUAGUUGGUCCCCAGAAGAGAAGAUUAUGUAGUACUUUUUCCCAUCUAUGGCACUUUCAGCCUUGCCUCUUUUUCCUGUGGAGACCCCGCUCUACCAGCUGGCCCCUUAGUCUUGUGCUGUGGUCCUCCAUUUACAUUUUACAGCCCCCUUGGAAUAUCCAAGGGGCCCAUCCAGUUGACAAAUGUUGAUAUAGUCUGUAUCUACAGCCAUGGUACAGCAGACUGAAGCACAGCAAUUCCUCCGUUCUCAAUAAAAACAAGCAUUUCUAAAACAUCAAAUUAUGUGAUGUCUUUCAUUUAAUCAGAUCUGGUACUAUAAAAACAUGUGGGGCCAGAGAUCCAGUGGGUGGUGCUUGCUUCGCAUGUGGCCGAACAGGUUUGAUCCCCAGCACCCCAUAUGGAUCCUGACCACCUCGAGUGAUCACCGAGUAGAGCCAAGAGAAAGCUCUGAGCACAGCUGGGUGUGACCCUAAAACCAAAAAGAGUCCGGAACAACAGUAACCAGGUGUUUGCCUUACAUAUGGCAACCCAAAUUUAAUCCCCAGCAUUACAUGAUUCCCGAGAGCCAGGAGUAACUCCUGAACAUUGCCAGGUGUGGUCCCAAAACCAAAUAAAUAAUAAAACAUGUAGGGCUUAAGAUCAAGUUCAAAUGGUACAGCACAUAUUUUGCAUGGGAGGAAGACAAAAGCCUGGAUCCUACCUUCAGCACAUGGCACCUUAAGUUAUGCCAGGACUGCCCUCUUACCCAAACCCCACCACCAAAUGCAUGCAGUUUACAUAACUCAUGGAAAGAUCUGGGACUAGAAUUAGGGCUGGACCCUAGUCGGGCCCGUGCUCGGCUCCGGCCGGCCGGGUUUUCGGCCCGGGCGCCCAUGCCCCUGCAGAGCCGGUGGAUGUGGAACAAGCGGGAACCAGAGACAGCUUUAGGAAUUGGGGUUCCAGCAAGUGCCUGCACCCAUGUAUGGAGACUGUGAAUUAAGCCUUUGCCCCACGCCGGCUAACGGAGGAAAUAUGUAAUUUCUGGCAGAAUUUUCCCAGGACUUUAUACAGAAAUCCAAAACCGCGCGGACGCGACUUAACAUUUAUAAUUGUCAUCAAUGUGAAAGGGUUCCAUUUGAACAGGUCAGACUUGGGGGGGAAACUCCAAAUAAUAACAGUAAGUUUUUGUUGAAAUAUUGAAGGUUCUUAAUGUAACAGCCACCUCUGGACUAUGAGCUAAGCAAAAGCCCCACGCUGGCCAACGUGGCGUGGAGUACACCAUACUAUGAGGCGCAGGAAGGGGGAUGAGGGGGAAAAAUUUAAAAAAAAAAAAUGGAAAAGGAAAAAGAGAAAAAAAAGAGAGAGAGAGAGUUAUGUCAACUAUAGUGAGUUUUGUGUUGAAUUAUGGAAUGUAA